GGGACGGGAAGCGACCGCAGUCACCUUUCCGCUGCUACCUCCAGCUCCUCACCUUCUGUUGCUGACUGUUGGGCAGUGCUUGGGAUCCGUUUGCUGAGAUGUGGUUCGAAAUCCUGCCGGGACUAGGCAUUAUGGGCGUGUGCCUGACCAUUCCGGGAAUUAGCACCAUUCUCAUCCAGAAGUACACCAAUGGGGGCAAGGAAAAGAGAAUUGCCCGUAAUCGAUACCAGUGGAGUGUAAUGGAAAGGGACAGGCGUCUGUCUGGAACAAAUCGUUAUUAUGAGUCCAAGGGGUUGGACAACUUACCCGAGUAACCAUAACUUGACCGAUGACGGCCACCAUCUGACUGCAGAAAGAAUAUAUCAUAUGUUGGCUGGUGCACAUUAAAGACAAAACAACUA